AUGAGUGGUACUUCAAAGCCCAUCACCAUAGAUACCGCUCCGCCUGAUGACUUUUCCUCGAUGACCACGAAAGCGCUAAAGGAGAAGCUAAAAGAAUGGGGGUUGAAGCCCAUGCAAUCUCGCGAUAAGAUCAUCGAUGUGUUGAAUCACACGCGGAAAUUGCUAAACCAUGAGCAUCUUUCACAGAUAUCUCAGAAAGCGGUGAGAACCCAGAUAUAUAACAAAAUAUCGGGGAUGUUGCUUGCCGACACAAAAUUCUUUGAACGCGUGAUCUCGUUCGAGCCUAUUAAGAUAGACGAACUACGCGGGUACUUGCAGACCCAGGGAGUCACUGUAGCGGAGGAUAUCGUGAGGGGUUUUUGCGACCGUAACGGGAUAUGCUACACCGGCUUUGACGACAGCGCGGAGGAGAAGGAAUGA